CAUCAUUUAGCUAUGAAAAUUUUGAAAUCUUGUUGGGGUGUCAAAAUAUCUAAGAUAUACAUACAUGUCUACAUAUAUAGAGAGAGAUAGACAUUUCAACUUUCCCAAUUGCCACUAUAUAUAACUAGAGCCAGACACAAAAGGUAGAGAAGGAUCUAAGACAUUUCUAUAAAAAAAAAAAUUAGUUGGUAAACUAAUGGAAAAUGAGGGUUCAUGAUCAACGGCUGAGAUUUGAUGUCACACCCAAACCAAUGGGUUUGACCGGAAGUUCUUUGAUCACAGCAAGAUCCGUCGCAGUUCUUCUCUUUCUCUCUCUCUUUCUUCUGAUUCUUCCGCCGUUCCUUCCGCCGCUUCCACCGCCUCCGGCGACACUCCUACUCCUUCCUCUCCUUCUCAUGGUGCUCCUUGUUUUCUUGGCUUUUUCUCCUUCUAAUGAGCCCAGCCUUACCGUGGAUUCACUCGACCCCUGACGUCCGCGACUUGCGCACCGUAUGUACAUACAUAUAUGCAUUACACCAAAUACCUAUAAGUGUGUUGAUAUGUGUAUGUGUAUUAAGGGCUUUUCGUUUCGUGCAAGUAAGAUCAUGCGAUAGAUCUCCGAGUUUUAUUUUUAAGGACUUCGUGUAAAUUUAGUGUUUAAUCACUUUCUUUGAGCAAUUAAUUUUCUUUUUCUUUUCUUAUUUUGUAGAAGAAUUCUUUUCUUUUUUUUAAUCAGUGUCACAUUAUGAAUUAAAGAAGAAUAUUUUAAAAUCAA